CAGUCCAUUUACCAUUUACCAUGAUGGUUCAGCUGCAGCAAGUCUGUUACUCUGUUCCAGUUAUAGACAUUAAUGUGUGUUGCUACAGUUUGUAUAUAAAUUGUGGUGGUAUCUGAGUUUUAAUUACAAAUGGAAAGACAAUAAGGAUAAUUGCAAUUAGUGCUUUGGAAGUUGCAGAGAGCUUGAACAGUACUCCCUUGAGCACAACUCUUCCAUCUGUCCAAGUCUGCUGAAAUGUCUAUUGCCUUCACUCUGCAUCUUUUGUUCCAUUCGCCCUUUACCUAACUAGUUCACAGUCUCUGUCUAAUGCUCUUGGAUGUCACAGCCUUCAUAGUUGUUUUCUGAAUUUAAGCGCUGCCACGCUAUUUCCUGUAAUUUGUGAGAGGAGGGAGUCACAUAACCAAGGAUGCCCCCCUCUGGGCCUCCCUGCUUUAGUUCGGAUAUAAAAUGGCCCUGCGCAGACGCAGCCGGGGCCAGACUUGCCCCUCUCCAUCGGCCACCGCCGCCGCGCUGGUCCCUGCCACUCCAUAUAAAGUGAGUUGGACACUGAGCCCUUCGGAUGCUGAGUCAUGACCGCAGGCACAUCCCCGCUUAAGUGACCGUCAGACGUGGGGAAAAAGCGGAAAAAGACGGGAAGCGGACAGCAUUUAGGCACGUCUUCCAUUGGAUAUUCCAAACUGGAUGGGACAAGUGGAGCUGGAAAACAAACAAUGACAGCAUCUCUGCUUUGUGUAUCUCUGCUAGCAUCUCUGCUAAUGUCGGCAGUCCUCUUAGUCUAUGAGCCGGUGCGUGAGGGACACUCCCUGCCCCGCUGUUGAGUGACACCAUGAGCUGGAGCUUCCUCACUCGUCUGCUGGAGGAGAUCCACAACCACUCCACCUUCGUGGGGAAACUGUGGCUGACUGUGCUGAUCGUCUUCCGCAUCGUUCUCACCGCCGUCGGAGGGGAGUCCAUCUACUACGACGAACAGAGCAAGUUCGUCUGCAACUCAGGCCAGCCGGGCUGUGAGAACGUCUGCUACGAUGCCUUCGCCCCCCUCUCGCACGUGCGCUUCUGGGUCUUCCAGAUCAUCCUGGUGGCCACGCCCUCGCUCAUGUACCUCGGCUACGCCGUCAACAAGAUCGCCCGGCUGGAGGAGGGAAAGUCCGGCGGGGCCGGGGCCCUGGCCCACCGGAAGCCGCGGAAGAUGUUCUUUGGUGGGCGACGGCAGCACCGGGGGAUCGAGGAGGCCGAGGACGACCAGGAGGAGGACCCGAUGAUCUACGAGGUGCCCGAGAUGGAGAGCCGCAGCGAGGCUACGCCCCAGGGGAAGCCCAAGGCCAGGCACGACGGGCGGCAGCGAAUCCGGGAGGACGGGCUGAUGCGCAUCUACGUGCUGCAGCUGCUGACUCGCACGCUGCUGGAGGUGGGCUUCCUGGCGGGCCAGUACGCCUUGUACGGGUUCGCCGUUCCGCCAGUCUUUGUGUGCUCAGGAAAGCCCUGCCCACACAGUGUCGACUGCUUCGUGUCACGGCCCACCGAGAAGACCAUCUUCCUGCGCAUCAUGUACGGGGUGACGGUCCUCUGCCUGGCGCUCAACAUAUGGGAGAUGCUGCACCUGGGCGUGGGCACCAUCUGCGACAUCCUGCGCACCCGCCGCGGUCCGCCAGAGGAAGACGUGUACCACCUGGGCUCCAUGGGUCCCGGGGUCGCUAGCAGGGCUCCUGUGGUACCGGUUGGCGAAUCCGGGGAGGUGGGAGGGUACGGCAGUUACCCCUUCUCCUGGAACACCCCCUCCGCCCCGCCCGGCUACAACAUCGUGGUGAAGCCCGACCAGAUCCAGUUCACGGACCUGAGCAACGCCAAGAUAGCCUGCAAGCAGAACAAAGCCAACAUAGCCCAGGAGGAGCAGCAGCAGUUUGGCAGCAACGAGGACAACUUCCCCCUGGAGGAGGUGCGCGGGAGCCUGCAGAAAGAGAUCCGGCAGGCCCAGGACAGGCUGGAGGCCGCCAUCCAGGCCUACAGCCACCAGCACCAGAACAACAACCACAGCAACAUCAGCCAGCCUCAGCGGGACCGCAAGCACCGCUCUGGCUCCAAGCACGGCGCCAACAAGGCAGGCGGAGGCAGCAGCAGCAACAGCAGCAGCAAGUCCGUGGAGGGCAAGCCUUCCGUGUGGAUCUAAGCGUGCUGCCUCCUCUCCCACAGGGUCCGCUGCCCACACCUCAUACCGGCUUCAUGCCGUCGGAUUCCCUUUCCUCAUUGUACCUGACUGCAGGUCUGUGACCUGACUCCAGCAGACGCUUACUUGCACAUAACUUCACUGGCGACCAGGGCUGGCUCUAUGAACCACAGAUGUAUCUGUCUCUGUCGUCCUCCACUAGUUCAGUUUCCAUAUAACACAGUCUGAUCGUUUACGCUUUCUCAAGGUACUUCUAAAAAAGACCAACCACAUACUUGAAUCUAGGGCUGGCGAGUACUAGUUAACUGUUUAAAAAUUCUAAGAAUUUAUUUUAAAGAGCACUCGCAAAUGCAAUUUGUUUAAUAUUUUUGAUAAUUCAGUGAUGACCAUUCUGGUUUAUAAAAAGAAUAUGCGUUUUGAAUUUAGGGGUCUUUUGUUCUUAAAAGGAAUACCUUUUUGAGAGAGGCAUUGAAAGAGAAUUCAUUCGUUCAUUAACUACAUUGUCACUGCCCUUCAUCGCUGAAAAGUUUUCUUUCCACAUAUGACAAAGAAGCGAAUGACCAAGAGCAGCUGACAACAUGCAGUACACUGAACUCGCAGCUCACAUUAGAGACAAAACAGCAGAGUUCACUAACACACAGGAACACAUAAUAUACAACAGAACAACGUCUGACAAACAAAACCCUCUAGACAUAACACAGCACACAAUACACCAUAAUAUGUUACAAACUCAGUAUGACAGUAUUAAUCAUCCACAAUGAAACACUCCUUAGACAGUAUGGCAGAUAUGGCGUACAUAAUAAACAGAAUUUAGGCCUGCAUGGACCCAUGGAAGCCAGCGGAACUGUGACAGUCCCAGACUACAUCACAUAGGCCGGUUGCGUGCCAGUCAUCUUUAACUGACACAAGUGCCAAACCUCUUCUCACGUCAGUUUUCUGGACGAGGCCUCCAUUUUUUUUUGAGGAAAACAUCAGGCUCUGAUUUAUGGACUUUUAAAAUAAUUUUGUAUUGUACAUUUGAUAUUGUGACUGAUAAUAAGUGGCCGAAAAAGAGAAGGAAAAGACAAGCUGUUGCAUGCUGGGAUAUGCAGUGUUACUGUCUGUUUAGGUGCUGUCCGUGCUGUUGCUUUGGAAGAGAAGUGGAGACUUUGAUGCUGUAUUUCUGCAAAGUGCCUUAAUGGUCCCACUAGCUGGAGGUGGAUGUGGAGCUUGGAGCCUUCAUUUGUAGCAGCAUGCCUCCAAAGUGUCCAGGCCCACAACCCCGACCUCUUUAUACCUGUACAAAAAGCCACUGUUCCUGUGGUAAAGGUUAUCAGCAGGAAUGUUGUCUCGGGAUUGAUGCCAUGCACUACAUCAAGGUAAAUUCUGCCUAUAGUUUCAUUUAUUUGGGAAGUUCUGGUCAGAGUCCAACAACCUGUCCAGUCUUCCCGAAAAGCAAAAACCUGUAAUUGUAUUACAUAGGUCAUUUACCAGGGGGUUGUCACAAGCCCAAGGCUCUGAAGUUGUCAUAAACAGCCUACUGACUGACGGCAAAAACACAGAAACCCUUCUCCCUCAUAUAACACGGUAUUGCCAUUCAUUUAUGAAUAAACAAGACUAAUAUGUUUUCCUCAGGGAUAAUUUGUUGUGGGAGUUAAAUUUCAAAACUUUAAAUUGAACUCCUUUCCUCCUCAUGCCCAGAGAAAGCCAUAGCUUUCCAGUUCCCUUACUUCUGUUAUCACACAGGGUUCUGUCUCUGGCUUUGGGAGGUCCUCUGGUGGCCAGUGAUGUAAAGGCAGGUACUAAAUGAGUAAAUGCUUUAUAUUAGCGGAGGCAUUCCAUAUUACUGCCCAGGAUAUGCCAGUGUGCAUGAUCACAAAAAAAUUAAUAAAUCCUGAUAUAUAUUUUUUCCAAACGGUAUGGAUAUUUCUACCACUCUGAAGUGACCACUGGACAAUCUUGGGGAAAUAUCUCUGACGGAGGCCUCUGUGAGAGGUUCCGGGAUGCAGAUUAUUACCCAUUCCAUUACCAUUCUGAAGCUGGAUAUUCAUGAAGGGGAACUACUUUGGGUAGCCAUUGAACAAGCUAUUGAAUCCGACUGCUUUAGUCAAAGCCCCGGUCACUGACAUCAGUAGCAAAUAUAAGUCACUGAAGUCACACGUGGCACAGAUGUUAUUGUAGCACUUACAGUAUAGUUCUCCCUCAGUACCUCAACAACUUGAUAAACUGCGUCAACUGUGCAAUAACCAGUAUCUGAAUGCAAAUACCUAUGCUAUACAGUACUGAACAGCUAAUAUCCAGUGCUAGCUCUCUGUAUAGAUUGUAUCUUCUGGUUUUGACAGCAUCUCUGCAUAAUCCUGCUUCCUUUCUGGUUUUUCUUCCAGAAAACCUCCUUGUGAUAUCUGAAGUUUGUACCUUGGUAUAUGCUAAACAUGUUUGAUUAUAUGUGCACUAUAUGAGUGCUCUUUUUGUUAAUAUUGUACAAAAUGUGUUAAAAUGAGGGUAUUUACAAGAGCCUUUGGCCACCGAAAGACCAGACACUGUUUUAAGCAUUAUAAUUGCUAUGCCAAGGGGACAUGUUUUUCAGCAUGGUUGAUUAGGCUAGUUGUUUUUGAGUGAGGAAUAUCGCAGCCAUACUAUUAUUCUACAGUCUGAAAGGUCAUAAGAAAAUACAUUUAUGACUAGUUCUUUAUAUUUUCAUAAUGUGUGUAAAAUGUUAUUUUGUUUUCAAUGUUGUAAGUCAUAGAUUUUAAGAUUUUGGAAUGAGAUGAAAAUUAAGUGGCACUUGUUGAGAGCUAUCACAUUCAAACUUUUUCUUUGAAAUGUUGGACAAAUCUAAAAUCGGACAAGUAAGAAAGGGAACUAAAACAUAUCACACAUGUCAGUUUUCAUGGAGGUGUUCUCCCAACUUUUUUAAAAUUCAAAUUGUAAAUUGGUAUUGUUUUAUAGAGGUUCACUGAAUUAAUGUUAGUUUUCAAUAAAAAUACAUUUCCCAGAA